AUGAUAGUUUAUAGUAAAUUGAUUGUGUCUCUUAUAAGGAGGCUUCGAUCUGUGCUACCACUUUGUGUUACUAUUUGUUUAUUGUUUUAUUAUACUUUCCAGAAUGAGAUCGAUAUGUUGAAUUCAUAUGCUGAGAAUGAAUAUAUGCCCUCUAUUAAUAAUGAGCUUGUGGGUUCUACGAAUACGAAUUCUAAUUCGAAUUCAAAUCUGAAGGAUAAGGUUGAUGAAGGGUUGGCAUCGUAUGGUAAUUCCAAGGUAUUGGAAAAUGCAAGUGGUGAUGGGACUAGCACUGGGGAUAAAGUGUCUCAUGCGUUGGAUUUGUCAGAUCCUGAGGUGUUGAAAGAGAAAAAUCGAUACUUUCCUCUACUGAUUUCAGAUUCAUCGAAGGAAAGUCUUAUCAGAUACAAUGACCUUCCGUCUUCACAGUUACAAUCUUUACUACUGCAUCACAAGGAAAAAUAUCCUAUACUUUAUGAAAUGUCACUGCCAAAAAGUGACACCACAGUUUCACAGAAAAAUACAAUCAUUGUUCAAAAUUCAAGAGAUGAUAUACAAGGCAGUACUGAUCAGGAUAUGUUAGGUGAAAUUAGAAAAAUACUGUUAAAGUCUUUGGAUUUUGAUCAAGUCAUGUCAAGAGCCACAGAAAACAUAGAGAUAGAAUGGCCGUUGAAAUUAAUCGACAUUUUGGAUACUUUAUAUCUAACAAAUGAAUUUAAUAUAUUCGACGAAGCUGUCGCUUUGAUCUCAGAGGUUGACUUCACUAUUCCUCCUAUCACCGUUGGGACUAUUGAUAUUCCAGAUUUAGCAUCAAGAGCUCUGGGUGGGUUGAUUUCAGCUUAUGAAUUGUCAUCAGAGGAAGUUUUGCUCUCCAGUGCAAAAUCGAUUGCUGAUUUCAUCUUGAGAUCUUUUGAUACUCCAAAUGGUUUGCCAAUUUUACACUAUCCUUGGAAAACUCAAUAUCAAAAUAGGUUUCCCUAUCAAAAUAGUGAAAUUGGUGCUUUGAGUAAUAUGGCUUUGGAAUUAACUAGAUUAUCACAAUUAACAAAAUCGAACAAAUAUUUCACUUUUGUAUACAAGAUUUAUGAUACGAUCUCAAAAUCAAAUGAUGAAUUCGAUUUGGACUAUAUGUUCCCCGAUCAUGUGGACUUCUCUGGCUGUGAAUUGUUGACAUCUUCAGAAGUCUCGAAAGGUAAGCAUGUUAAAGGUUCUCAAGUAAUGAAAAGUAUUAAUGAAAAUUUCCAAUUUGUUUACUGUCAACAAGGUGGUACUGUAAAAGUUUCACCAGAGGACAUCAAGAGUAAGUCGCAGCUCUUCGUUAUGAAUGAAAACACUCAACCCGUUUAUGCAAAUAUUGUUAAGAUGUUUCAAAUGUUGAAUUAUUAUGAUAUAAUGAAAAUUCCAGAAAGUUACUUAACCUCAACAAGUACAAAUAAUGAUAUGGAAUUAGAAAAUGAAGAGUCUGGAUCGCAUAAUUUAGACUCUACAAAUAAGAUCGAUAACAAGAAAAAUGGAAAUUCAAAAGAAACACCAAGUGCAGAUGAGGAAAAUUUAAAUAGCAAUAAUUCACCAAGUUCUAAAAAAUUCUUUAUUAACGGAAUGAAUCACAUUAAAAACCUAAUGGCUUUCAAUCCAGUUACAGCAUUUGAGAAGAAACUUACAGUAAUUUCCUCAUUGGAUACUCAUUCCUCAUACGUACCUUCUAAAAAUGAAUUGAGAGUGGAAAUGAAAAAGCAUCUGGAUAUGCAUCAUCAAUCGUGCUCCUUGGCCUCGACCUUAAUUCUAGGAUCAAAGUUAUUUAAUAUUACAAAUUAUGCUGAUUUUGCAUCAGAAAUUACAGAGAGCUGUUUCAUAUUAACAAAUUACUUUAAAGCGGCGAUGCCAGCUCAUCUUUAUUUAGAUGACUGUGAACUAGGUAGCUGUCAAUUUGAUGAAGCAACUAAAUUAAGUAUGAUAGCAGAAGGAAAAUAUAUGCAUCUAAAUAAUGAUGAAGAAAAUGAAGCAAUAGGUGAUGUUGUUACAAAUGAGAAGGUGUUGGAUGAUGAUGCAAUAUCUCAGAAAAUUAAUCGAUUGCUAAUGUUUUCAAAAGAAAAUGGUAAAAGUUUCAUCAGCGUGAAUCCCUCUGAUAUUGAUUUUUCAACAGGGAAAUGGGCUAAACAACCAGAAAGACCACUUUGGGUGAACAAAAUGGGACAUCAAACUAUCCUCUCACCAUACACAAUUGAACCUAUAUUUUACAUGUAUAGAAUUACAGGUGAUAAUAAAUGGAGAGAUAUGGGUCGAGAACUUUUUAAAACUACUGUUUCCACUGUUAAACAAAUUAAUCAAAGAGCCAAAGGUAUCUGGGAUAUUAAAGAAAUGGCCAAAAUUGGCGAUGGUAAUAGUAAUACGUCUAAAAUUCCUAGUAGUUGGUAUUCUCAGACAUUAAAAUACUACUAUUUAUUAUUUAUGGACAGAAAUAAAUUUAGUUUAGAUGAUUAUAUUUUAACCUCUGGAGGACAUUUUAUGAAGAAAUAUGUAAAUUCAUAA